AUGGCUCUCUUCGAUUUCAAGUCGGACAAGCACUUCGUUACCUCCUCUGAUGAAACCACCAUUAGAGUCUGUGAGCUGAGCGACCCUACUGUUCACCCUUCCGAUAUCCGAAAGGCGGACUGGAAGGAAGUUGCCACCAUCGAUAUCGUCGAUGGUGGCAAUAAGGGAGGCGGCAACUCGUCGGCGGAAGGAAAGUACUUCCACCACGGGUUGUUGUUUUUCGAUGAACAUGGGAAGAUCGAGGGACAGGAAGCCCUCACCAAGCUAGCCCGACACCUCGCUCGGUCGGGCUUGAUGGUGAGCCCCGGAGGGUACUGCUUUCAGGACGUGACGGGGCUGGGAGAGCACAGAGACUUUGGGGCUCACUACCUCCGACUGAACGAUCUCUUCAACUGGCCUAGCCACGGUGUUGACCUGGCGAGGAUCACCACGUGGCGGCGCUUGGAGUUGACAUACACCGUGCCAAGGCAGGAGGGAAUAUCAAAGCGACCGAUGGUGAGCGGUGGGGUGAGCGAAGAAACGAUUGAAAAAGAAGAAGCGCUACAAAAGAUGAGAGAAGAGAUGGAAGAGGCGACUGAAAAGAAAGACGCGGAGGUUCGAAAGGCGAAGAGGGAAAGGGAUAACGAGAAGCGUCUGAAAGAGAUGAUCGAACGGGCCAGCAAAGAGAAAUACGAGGAGUCGAGAAGGAUCGUGAGAGGCAAGAACGAGGAGCUAGAGAAGCUGAGGGACGAGUUGGAAGAAGAUGAACGGAAACUGAGAGAUGAAAAAGACGGGGAAAUGCAAAAGCUGAAAGAGGAAAUGGAGGACACGAGGGAAGAAGAGCAUGAGAAAGAGUUGAAAAGGUCGAGAAAAGAAAAGGAUGAGCUGCAAGAGCAGUUGAAUAAAAAAGAUGUCUUGCUCGGAAGGGCGAGCGAUGAUUUGCAAAAGCUGAGGAAGGAGAAGGCCGAGGAACUGCGAAAGCUAAGAGAAGAAAUGCAAGAGGAGGUAGAAAAUUGGAGAAAGGAGAAAGAUGAAGAAGUAGAGGCAUUGAAAAGAGAAAAGAAGGAGGGAGAAAAGGCGAGCAAAGAGCAGGAUGAGGAAUUAAAAAAUUUGAGGGAUGAAGUAGAAACUCUAAGAAGGACCAAAGACGAUGAUCAAAGCUAUGCUACUGGAUACAACGGUCGUCCCGCCCGAGUCUGUGAGUUGAGGGACCCUACGAUUCACCCUUCCUAUAUCCGAAAAGCUCACUGGAAGGAAGUUGGCACCAUCAUCGUCGAUGGUGACAAUAAUGGAGACGAUGAUCUGGCGGAAGAGCAGUACUACGACGGGUUGUUGUUUUUCGAUGGCCAUGGGAAGAUCGAAGGACAUGAAGCCCUCACUAAGCUAGCCCAACACCUCACUCGGUCGGGUUUGAUGGAGAUGGAGGAUGCAAGCGAAAAGCACGAGGAGGAGCUGCAAAAGUCGAGAAAGGAAAAGGACGAGGUGCAAAAGCAGUUGACGAAGAAAAACGACGGCGUGCAGCAGACGCUCAAAAGGGCGAGCGACGACGACUUGCAAAAGCUGAGGAAGGAGAAGGUCGAGGAAGUGCGAAAGCUAAGAGAGGAAAUGCAAGAAGAGAUAGAAAAGGCGAGAAAGGAGAAAGAUGAAGAGGUGGAGGCAUUAAAAAGAGAAAGAGACGAGGGAGCAAAGCCGAGCAAAGAGCAGAACGAGGAACUAAAAAAAUUGAGGGAGGAGGUAGAAACUCUGAGAAGGACUGAGAAUGAUAAAGCAUGUAAAACAACGAAGAAGGAGGAAGAGAUGGCAAAAGUGCUCGAAAAUGAGCGAAGAAAGAACAAGGACGAAGCAUUGCAGAGGCUGAUCAACGAAAAGGAUACCGAGCUCGAAAAGCUGAGGAACGAGCAUGAAGAAACGAUGAAAGAGAACGCUGCCGAAACGAGAAAGCUGAGGGAACAGUCGUCGCGACACGAGCUGGAGCAACGUCGGAAGCAAUCAUGGAUGGCGCUACCUACGACACCGUACACCACUGGUGAGACAGACCACAAAAGCAGAAGACGGGCGGUGCCACCAAAUACUUGGUGCAACGUUAGUGGGAGUUACAUCUACUACCAUGAUAAUAAUUUGAAGGCGGCGGACUUAUGUGGGUUCCUUCAAGGAACUUUCCAAGUUGGAGUGGUGGAGGAAGACACCAAAGAUUGGUUGUCGCCCCCCGCGACUAAUAUAUAUUGUGGGGGCAGUGAAUCAUUCGACCGCAACAACUGGUGGUUUGUGAAGAUAUUGCAUCCGAAUGACGGCCUUAUUAUGUUGGCAUAUUACGACGGGGACCGAAGCUAUACUGCUGGGUACAGAGAUUACACUACCAAGUUUCCGAUGCCCAGGGACAUUGAAUGCUGGUGA